CAAGUUGGCCCGGGAGUCACGUUGUUCUUCAGUCAACCCAAUACCAGUACAAGUCAUUCAAACUUCAUUCACUUAAUACACACAAUUCUCUGUUCACGUACAUACAUUACAUAACUGGUACACGUUAGAGCGAUGUCUGGUUUCACAAUGCAGCUGGUAAUACGACGUCUCACGAUGGCGUUUGCUUUGUGUGGUGGAGUGUGUGCCGACCUGCAGCUCAUGAAUAGGUCGUCGCACGAUUACGUCGUGCAGCCACGCGCGGGCUGCCGAACCGCAGUCGCAGGCGACCACUGCUACGACAAAGUGUCGUGGGCGAUGCUGACGGGCGUCCAGAAAUACCCGGAUUGGUUUUCCCCCCUGACCAGCAGCUCCAGUUUCGAGGAUUUCCAGCGGCAUUUGCACGCCAUGCCUAAGUUCUCCAACGUGUGCCCUGAGCCUUGUGCAGCGCGGGCGAUGGAGACUCCAGCAGUGCAAGCACAGUUGCCAGCAUCGGCCAGCUGCCAGGCCCCGAUCGAGGGGGACGAGUGUCACAAGAGAGUGGUGUGGGCGAUGGAGAAGGGCGCCGUAAAGUAUCCUGCCCAAUUUGCCCCCCUGACCAGCAGCUCCAGUUUCGAGGAUUUCCAGCGGCACCUGCACGCCAUGCCUAAGUUCUCCAACGUGUGCCCUGAGCCUUGUGCAGCGCGGGCGGUGGAGAUUGUAGUACCAGCACCGUUGCCUCAAGUGUGUCACACGUCGGUCGACGGCGAAGCAUGUUACAGGAAAGUCAUGUGGGCCAUGGAGUCGGGCGUCGCAAAGUAUCCAGAUUGGUUUUUCCCCCUGACCAACACUUCUAAGUUUGAGGAUGUUCAGCGGCAUUUGCACGGCAUACCUAAGUUCUCUAUCGUGUGUCCUGAGCCGUGUGCAGCGCGGGCAGUGGAGGUCCGAGAGCCAAUACAGGUGCCAGCGCGGGAUUCAGCAAAGCCAACAGAGCGUGCCGUGAGGACACGAAUGGAGGGAUCUAAUCAAACAGGUGACCCAUGGAUCGUGAACGGUUACGAUCAAACGGGCAGCAAUUGCGAGUGUGGAAACAUAAUACAAUCGCUCCCCACAGGCUACGAGACUCCGUUACUAUGCGCGUCCGCGUGCAACAUGUACCCUCGUUGCAUGUCGAUUGGUGUUCACGAAGAUACCAUCUGGCCUGGCCAUUGUGAUCUUUUCGACGCGCCUUGCAACGACACGGACGGUCACGACGAAGCUGGCACCACUUGCGCCAAGCCCGUCCAUGAACAAGGCAUCAGCCUUAACUUCAACAGGGUGCAGACCGAUUCACCCACGCCUUCACCAACACCUGCACCAGAUGCGUGCGAAAUCGCGAAUGGAACUGGGCCGAGUGUUUCCUACCCAUGUGCAUGUGGACCUGUUGUUUGUGGAACGAGCGAAAUUUGUUCCAACGCGACAUGCUCCCCACCAUCGUAUCUCCACGUGGACUGGCCAUGCUCGUGGCCAUCGAUCGGCGACCCGAACUUCAUCAUCUCAGGAACCAGUGCGGGGGGGGCCUCCAGGGUCAGCGCAGCUGCCAGAAUCGGACAGCUGCCACGCCCCCAUUGAGGGCGAUGCGUGUCACCGGAGAGUGAAAUGGGCGAUGGAAAAGGGCGUCGUGAAGUAUCCGGAACGGUUCUCUCCUCUUACAAGCAGCUCCAGUUUCGAGGAUUUCCAGCGGCACCUGCACGGCAUAGCCAGGUUCGCCAACGUGUGCCCUGAGCCUUGUGCAGCGCAGGCGGUAGAGGUCGUAGUACCACCACAGUUGCCUGAACAUUGUCAUACGUCGGUCGAGGGUGAAGCAUGCUACAGUAAAGUCACUUGGGCAAUGAAGUCGGGCGUCCAAAAAUAUCCAGAUUGGUUCUCUCCCCUGACCAACAGUUCCAAGUUCGAGGACUUCCAGCGGUACCUUCAUGGCAUAGCCAGGUUCUCUAACGUGUGCCCUGAGCCUUGUGCAGCGCGGGCAGUAACGAUUCGUGAGCCAAUACCCUUGCCAUCACGGGCGGCAGCGGAGUCAACGGAACGUGCCGUGGCGACACGAAUGGAUGGAUCUAAUCAAACGAAUGGUUCAUGGAAUGUUGCUGGAUACAUCCAAACGGGCAGCAAUUGCGAGUGUGGGAACAUACUACAGUCGUUAGCCACAGGGUACGAGACUCCGUUGUUAUGCGCGUCCGCGUGCAACCUGUACCCUAGUUGCAGGUCGAUUGGUGUUCAUUCAGAUGCCUUCUGGCCUGGCCACUGCGAUCUUUUUGACGCGCCUUGUAACGACACAGACGGACAUGAUGUUGGCACCAGUUGCACCCAGCCCGUCCAUGAAUUAGGCAUCAGCAUUAACUUCAACAGGUUGCAGACUGAUUCGCCCACACCUUUACCAACACCUGUGCCAGAUGCUUGCGAGAUCACGAAUGGCACUGGGCCGAGUGCUUCUUACCCAUGUGCGUGCGGACUUGCUGUGUGUGGAACCAGUGAAAUUUGUUCCAAUGAGACAUGCUCGCCGCCAUCGUAUCUCCACGUAGACUGGCCAUGCGCGUGGCCAUCGAUAGGCGACCCAAACUUCAUCAUAUCGGGAACUAGCGCUCAGGGAGCGCCGAUCUACGUCAAUUUCCACGGCAGCUAUAUUUACUUUGACGAAUCAUGUGACGGAGUAGUUCGUGAAGGAGCCAGCCGCGUGCCCAGGUGGAUCAUUGACAACAGUGUGCCAAGCGAGACAGCUGUCCGCGACCUGGACUCUGACCGAUCUUGCUCGUAUUAUGGGCACUACCAAACCGAUGACUACCAUGGUGUCCCCUUGGGGAGCUCGACUUGGGUGACGUUCUGCCAGGGCGUGCUGCAGGCCGUGACGGCGGAGAUCACGUACCUGCACGAGGAGCCGAACGUGACGGCGACCCCAGCCCCGACGUUGCCGCCUGGGGCUGCUUGCCCGUGCGAUCAGAAAUGUGCUGGGUUCCCGUAUGUGGACGAGGAUGGUGAUGGUUGUCUCAGCGAACCGGAAUGUAAAUAUAUACCAGCAGUGGAAGGGAAUUUCGACGAACUCGAUCUUGAUGGGGACGGCUGCGUGAGCUUUGAGGAGUGUGUGGAAUCCCCCUUGGGUGAGUUCUUGCCCAUGUUCCCGAUCUCCAGGCCGAAGCAUUGCCCUUUUGGAUUUUAUUAUACUCCAGGCACAAGCGUUUGCGUCGCGUGCACUAAUGGGGAAACAAGACGCCGUCGCUCGGAGGCGUGCACCAAAUGCCCUCCCGGUCGGGACGAUUUUGGAGAUUUCGACGUGUGCAUCGGAGGGGCGUUCCUCAAGGAACCUCUGUAUGCAGGGAAUUGCUCAGCCUGUGUCAGUUCAGACACCGAUGAGAAUGGGCAAAUCUUGACGAGAGGCGACAGAGUGGUCAUAGCGACGCGCAACCCCGAUCCAGGCCACUACGAGAUAGUGACCAUCAUUGGCAAAACCACCGUCGAUAACGACACGUGCUUUGAUUUUGAGCCUUGCGUGAACGACUCGUACGACCCGUACGACUCGAUGAUCUCCGACUGUACUGAACACGACGGACAAAGCUAUUCCUCGGCCUACCCAUGUGGAUGUGGCGUUGACGAGUGCUCCGAUGGGGAAUUGUGCGACCUCGAUGGCAACGCAGGACUAGGAAUAUGCAUUCCACCCACGUGGACGGUUCCGACUCCAGCUCCGACAGUUUCGGCCAGGGGGGAUCCACAUUUGGUCAAUUUGCAUGGGGAGCACUUUGACGUGAAUCACGGUGGCGAGUUCACCCUGCUGCGCAUCCCCCAGGCCACCAGCGAGCCCCCUCUCGUGGAGCUGACGGCCUCCAUCCGCCCAGAGUACGGGAAGCCGUGCACCACGUACAUCACGGAGGUGGAAGUCUCGGGCAGUCUCUUCCACAGCAAGGCAGUGCAGGUGCGCUCCUACCUCAGGUCGCACGCCGAGAACGAGACCGACAAGUUCCUGGGCCUCCGAGUGCUGGAUCGAACCCAAGGCGCGGCCAUCGAGACCCCAUGGGAGAGGCUUGCGCAGGUGCCCGACGACAGCUUCUUCGUCGCGGAGUCUCAGACCGCGGACGGCCUGAAGGUGACUGUGUCCACGACGAAGUGGUACAGCAACAAGGAGGCCAGGGCGGACGUGCCGAAGGUGGCGGGGCAGGUCGAGAUACGGCUGGGAGACCCCGAGGACCUGGGACUCGAGCCCGCGAGGAUCCUCGUGCGCCAGGACCUGCCCAGGCAGGAGCACCUGAAUGUGGCGGUGCGGCGCCUGAGCUCCCUUGGCCGCGAGGACAUCGGCGGCCUGCUCGGGUUCGACCCGCACCCCGAGGCUCUGGAGGACGUCACCCCCGAGUGCCAGCGCCACAGGGACGGGCUCGACCAGGCGAGGGGCCCGCGCUCCAGGCCAGGCUGGAUGGCCCGCUGGGAGAAGAUCAAGGCACGGCGCGCGCAGUCCCCCGCGACCGCGGGGGGCGCGGGCGACGACAACGAGGCGGCCGCCGCCCUCUUCACCGCCGGCAGGGAGGCCAUGUGCGUGUGCCCCGGCGAGGAGCCGCCCAUGAUCUCGGAGGGGGAGUCCGCGCAGAGCCUCCUGGGCGGCAGGGGCGGCCAGGGCGUCGUCGUCGAGCACCAGACUGGCAGGCUCGCGGAGGCCUCGUGGGACUGACAGGCUAAGGUGAACGAGAGCGUCGCGAUGGUGCCAGGUUUUGCACAGCUUGAAGGGGCAGAGUGAGCGGGGAGGGCGUUACGUUACGGCCCUUCCCCCUACAGCCCGCUGCGGCCAGUCUGGCAUCAUUCCCACUCCCAGGGGUCGCCAUUUAUUCCACCAGCCUUCGGCACACAGUUGCAGGUACACGCGAGGCA